AUGGCCGGACCCCGGGUGUCGGACUUCAGCAUCGAGCGGAUUCUCUCCCAGCAUUUCCCGGAGGCCUCAAACGACCAGAUCCUCCUCAGACCUCCUGCUCCGGUCCCGGUGCUGGUCCCGGUCCCAGUCCCGGUCCCGGUCGCGGACUACCUGCAGUACGGAGGGAUGUUUUAUCCGCACGGAGCCGGUUUCCGUCCUCCAGACUUCACCGGGAUUCAUCCGAACUCUGGAGCUUUCGGCCUCCAAGCUGCAGAUGUUCAGCCGGUGACGAGCUGCGCCGGUUUCCACCAACCCGGAGCCUCCGCGCAGCUGCAGCCGCGUCCGAAGGUCCGGAUGAGGACGGUGUUUACGCACGGUCAGACCAAGCAGCUGGAGGCUCUGUUCCAGCUCACCGACUACCCGACCGGGGAGGCGCGCGCUGAGGUGGCGAAAAACACCGGGCUGAGCGAGGAGACCGUCAGGGUUUGGUUUAAGAACCGCAGAGCCAGAAGGAAGAGGUCGAAAGCCGAACCUGCUCCAUCUGGUGACUCAGAGAAGAAGAUGUUCAGCUGCUUCCUGUGA